CACACUAAACGUACAGCUGAAUGGCCGAAAUGGAAUUAAGUAACGACAUAGCGUGAUAUACCGCAAAAAUAUGCUAAGCAGGCGGUCAUUGUUGGCCCUGACCAGUGGAUGCCUUCGGCGCUCGUCGACGCAGCAACACAUAGCUGGUCAGAUAGAAAAUGACCAUGCUAGAAGCCUGUUGCCCGCAUACUCGGAUGCCGAGCGCCUCAAGAUCUUGCAGGCAAUCAACGAAAAUGGCAUGGAUCAACUGAUCAGCUUCGACAUCACCAAGGCGAGGGCCACCAAGCUACACAACUGGAAAGUGCGCCACGGUCCGUUGAAGGAGCUUAGUGACAUCCUUUACAUAGAGGGAUUCGGUUUUAAGGUGGCCACCAAGUUCUUUAAUAGCCUGCUCGCACCGGCGAAUUGUGGAAAUCCCGAAAAGAAGCCAACGGCAGCGCGAGUAGCGCCUUUCAUAACACCGUCAAUGGACGAGGGACAGCGUCAACGGAUAUCAUCUGCCGUGGGCGUGAGAAUCGGAGUGACUAGUGUAAGCUGGGCGCGAUUGGAGAUCGGAACCAACGAUUCACCUUCUAUUCUUACCCACUGGCAACACCACGAGCUGAAUGAUAAAAAACUGCACUUGUCAGAGCUUUCCCGGCGCUGUCUUUACGUCUCCCACCAAAUACCACAGGCAGACUGCUACGUUAUGGAAAGUCCACAGAUGGCGCAGGCCACUAGCAACCCGGGCAGCAUUGAUCAACAGAACGUGAACAUCCAGAAAUCCCAAGUGGCCGCCAUCAUGAGCUACUCAUUGAUGGCCCGGUCGGAUACUGAUGAAUAUAAGGCCAACAACCUCUACUAUAUGCGACGGUUUCUUUCCGCACGUCUUUUCAAUCAUUUGGUGGGCACGGAGCGUGUUUCCUCAGAAGAUACAAUAUUGGCCAUGAUGCGGACGCACUACGACGUGGAACAACAACUCCCCGGAUCGGAGUCAUCCUUUAGUCUGCGCCAACAAGUUAACUUUCCUGAUGAGCUCCGCCUAAUUUUCUCGCAGCAGGAACGGUACCAGCGCGAGCUCCUAGGGCAGGCCUUUCUGCUUGGUUUAGCUUUUACUCGGCUCGUGCUCCUGCAAGAUCCGCAGAGCAUAGCAUUGGUAUCCCGCACGUCUAAAAGCUCCCUUCCCCGCGAAACGACUUUUAAAGCUGGUGCUAUGUAAUAUUAAGAAGGCUUACAUUAUUUCAAACGUUCUUGCUUUGUAUUAUAAACCAUCUUAUCAGUAAAUUGAAAAUGUUAAUUAAUAGGGUUUGGAGAGUGUAAGCUAAAAUAGCUAAUUCAUCUAGAUAGAUUGGGUGUUUUGUAUAUUUUUAUUUGGAAUUACGGCAACUUAGAAUUUCUUGUUGACUACAAUUAAAUUUCAAGCUUAAAAUGGCGUACAAACAGUGCUGAUGAAUAACGUGCGUAAUUUAAGGGACCGAGACUAUGAAAGAUAAUUGGAAAUCUUUAUUUGUUUCUUCUAAAUGUUUUUUAGUACUGCGUUAGUUGUAAUUAUUACGUUAAAUAAUAAAAUAUCUUGUUUGAUUAAAAUAAA